GCCGGGAUGCGCCGCAGCGAAUGGUUGCGCCGGGCCGCCGCUCUAACUGACCUUUCACCCGCGCCCAGCGGUCCCGGGCGGCGGCACAAGGCGGAAGCCAUGGCGGAGGCGGCGGCUGCAGCGGGCGGGACGGGCGUGGGCACAGGCUGCUGUUCUGCAGCGGACCGGGACCGAGACCCGGACCCGGAUCGAGACCGUGCCAGGCGGAGGCUCCGGGUUCUCUCCGGUCAUCUGCUGGGCCGGCCCCAGGAGGCUGUGAGUACCAAUGAGUGCAAAGCGCGGAGAGCCGCGUCGGCGGCCACGGCGGCUCCCACUGCCACUCCCGCCGCGCAGGAGUCGGGCACCAUCCCCAAGAAACGGCAAGAAGUUAUGAAAUGGAAUGGAUGGGGAUAUAAUGAUUCUAAGUUCUUCUUCAAUAAGAAAGGCCAAGUUGAGUUGACUGGGAAAAGGUACCCUCUUAGUGGCAUGACUUUACCAACUUUUAGAGACUGGAUCCAAAAUACCCUUGGAGUAAGCCUGGAGCAUAAAACUACCUCUAAAGCAUCCUUAAAUCCUAGUGAUACACCUCCUUCUAUUGUAAAUGAAGAUUUUCUUCAUGACCUUAAAGAAACUAAUAUUUCAUAUUCACAAGAAGCAGAUGAUCGAGUAUUUAGAGCUCAUGGUCAUUGUCUUCAUGAGAUAUUUUUGCUCAGGGAAGGAAUGUUUCAGCGAAUUCCUGAUAUAGUUUUAUGGCCAACAUGUCAUGAUGAUGUAGUUAAGAUUGUGAAUCUAGCGUGCAAAUAUAACCUUUGUAUCAUACCAAUUGGUGGAGGAACAAGUGUAUCAUACGGCUUAAUGUGUCCUGCAGAUGAGACAAGAACAAUUAUUUCUUUGGACACUUCACAAAUGAAUCGAAUCCUCUGGGUUGAUGAGAACAAUCUGACAGCUCAUGUAGAGGCUGGUAUAACAGGACAGGAGUUGGAAAGACAGCUUAAAGAAAGUGGUUAUUGUACAGGUCAUGAACCAGAUUCCCUGGAAUUCAGCACUGUGGGAGGAUGGGUAUCUACUCGGGCAUCGGGCAUGAAAAAGAAUAUCUAUGGCAAUAUUGAGGACCUGGUGGUUCAUAUAAAAAUGGUAACACCUAGAGGUAUAAUAGAAAAAAGCUGUCAAGGACCUCGUAUGUCAACAGGCCCUGAUAUCCAUCACUUCAUCAUGGGAUCUGAAGGAACUCUUGGUGUGAUAACAGAAGCUACAAUAAAAAUCAGACCAAUCCCUGAAUACCAAAAGUAUGGCUCAGUAGCUUUCCCUAAUUUUGAACAAGGAGUAGCCUGUUUAAGAGAAAUUGCAAAACAGAGAUGUGCUCCUGCAUCUAUUCGCCUCAUGGACAACCAACAGUUUCAGUUUGGUCAUGCUCUUAAACCUCAGGUUUCCUCUAUUUUUACAUCAUUUUUGGAUGGCUUAAAAAAGUUUUAUAUUACAAAGUUUAAAGGAUUUGAUCCAAAUCAGUUAACUGUUGCUACAUUACUAUUUGAGGGGGACCGUGAGAAGGUUCUUCAACAUGAAAAACAAGUGUAUGACAUUGCUGCAAAAUUUGGUGGGUUGGCAAUUGGAGAAGAUAAUGGACAGAGAGGUUAUUUGCUGACCUAUGUCAUUGCGUAUAUUCGAGACUUGGGUUUGGAAUACUAUGUAUUAGGAGAGUCUUUUGAGACUUCUGCUCCUUGGGACAGGGUUGUGGAUCUCUGUAGAAAUGUAAAAGAACGAAUAACAAGGGAAUGCAAAGAGAAGGGUGUUCAGUUUGCUCCUCUUUCUACAUGCAGCCAGCCAAUCUACAUUCCUUCCAUGGAAUUAAGAAGGGUGACGCAGACUUAUGAUGCAGGUGCAUGUAUCUAUUUCUACUUUGCCUUUAACUACAGGGGAAUAAGUGACCCACUGACUGUGUUUGAACAAACCGAGGCAGCUGCUAGAGAAGAAAUCCUUGCUAAUGGAGGGAGCCUCUCACAUCACCACGGAGUGGGCAAGUUACGGAAGCAGUGGCUAAAGGAAAGUAUCUCUGAUGUCGGCUUUGGGAUGCUGAAGUCUGUCAAGGAAUAUGUGGACCCCAAUAACAUCUUUGGAAACAAAAACCUUUUAUAAAUCCAUUACUGUUGUUACAAAAAAAUGUCACUUUUUUUUUUUUAAGUCUUCAACUAUGGUUAUACCAGUAAUCAAAUAUAUCAUGGAUUGUA